AAAAAUGCUUGAUGGCACUCUCACUUUUGAAUACCUUGACUUUUGGAGAAAAAGAAUUUGAGAUCAAGCAAGAAAGUACAAACAAACAGAAAUGGCAGAAGCUGAAGAGUGCACUUCCAAUGGAUCCUCUCGAUGGUCCCUCAAAGGAAUGACCGCUCUCGUCACCGGUGGAACUCGCGGAAUUGGACAUGCCAUAGUUGAGGAUUUGUGUGGGUUUGGUGCCACCGUCCACACUUGUUCCAGAAACCAAGCAGAGCUCGAUAACUGUUUGAAUCAAUGGCGUAGUAAAGGCUUUUUGGUUUCUGGAUCUGUGUGUGAUGUGUCAUCUCGAGACCAAAGGGAGAAGCUCAUUCAUGAAGUCACCCCAAUCUUCAAUGGCAAACUUCACAUUUAUGUGAACAAUGUUGGGGCAAACUUUAGGAAACCAACCAUUGAGUACACUGCUGAAGUAUAUUCAGAAAUUAUGGCAAUCAAUUUAGAUUCUGCAUAUCAUCUGUGCCAACUUACACAUCCUCUUCUGAAGGCAUCUGGUAUGGGAAGCAUUGUAUUCAUUUCAUCUAUUUCUGGUGUGGUGAGUUUAGGCACUGGAUCAGUCUAUGCAGCAAGUAAAGCUGCAAUCAAUCAGCUUACAAAAAAUUUGGCUUGCGAAUGGGCAAAAGAUGGCGUAAGGAGCAAUUGUGUUGUUCCUGCUACCACCAAUACACCACUUGUAGAACAUCUGCUUCGUGACAAGCAAUAUGUAGAUGAAAUGUUGUCUCGAACUCCUCUUGGACGCAUCGCCGAAGCUCAAGAAGUUUCAUCCUUGGUAGCUUUCCUUUGUCUUCCGGCUGCAUCUUACAUUACAGGACAGGUUAUUUGUGUUGAUGGAGGACUAACUGUGAAUGGAUUUCAGCCAAGUAUGAGAAUAACAUAAUAUUCACGUGCUUCAUGGCUCUUUGUUAAUUAUCUUUGGAACAAAGAAUUCUUAGUCUUUCAUUUGACAAUUUUAAUCCUUCAAUUAUCCUUGCAACAGUCCAUUAUUCUUCAAUUAUCAUUUCACUAGAUCCAUCUUUCAACCCAAUAAACUUUCAUUGAGUUA